GGUUAAGCCUUGAGGCUUUGUGGAGUGUUAUGAAAUGAUCAGUGGAUGGGGCGUGUCUAAAAGAAAAUGAUUUGGGGUGAUUGCUGAAUUUGUCAUAUGAUAAACAGAAUAAGCAAGAAUGCUACUAGUGAAGAAGAAGGAGAAGAUGAACUUGAUGAGGGAUGGUGGUCACCUCCAGAUUCAGCUUUAAAAGAUGGUGAAGAGAGAGUAAUGCAGAGAAUUAUCGUUACAAUAACAGAUCUGUUUAAUGGCCGCAGAAUGUGCCAAGUCGAAGAGGGUCUCUUUCUGGGUUCUUACGGAGAUGCAAGUUAUAAGGACAGGCUUAAGAGCUUAAAUGUCACCCACAUCUUGACGGUGGCUAACUUAGCCCCAGCAUUUCCCAAUGAUUUUGUCUAUAAAGUUGUUGAUGUCAUGGACUUCGAGGACACGCACAUUGGACAGCACUUCGAGGAGUGUAUCAAUUUCAUUUAUGAAGCUAGAAGACAGGGAGGCAGUAUAUUGGUCCACUGUUUAUGGGGAAUUUCCAGAAGUGUGACGGUGGUCACAGCUUAUCUCAUGAAGCAGCAUGGAAUGCACUUGUCUCAAGCUCUGGAACACGUAAAGACCAGAAGGCCGCAGGCAGCUCCUAACAGGGGAUUCAUUGUACAACUUCAAGAUUUCGAGAGUUCUCUACGCAAUGCCACAACAAUUUGAGCCUGGAUUCGAAUUAGCCCUUCACAUGGUUUACUUGCAAAAUGUUCAAAAUUCAUUUGCAGCUGAUGUCCGUUAGUGCACGAAUUCUUUUUGGCUAUUAUAGGAUGUAUAGGAACCCUUUUUAGACUGUAGCAGAUACUUGUCAAGUAUCCUCUGUUUUUGACUCGUAGUUUUUUAGUUCUAACUUGUAACUCUACUGCACCUGUCUGAAGCAAGCGAUCGCCGGAAGAUGAACUGUGUAUGAAGAACAAUCAUGUGAAGAUACUGAAGAUGAUAGUGAUUUUUACUA